ACUGUAUUUUUAAUUUGGCUUCAACCCUAAAGCUAGUGAGAAGAGAGAGAGAGAGAGGUUCGUCUUCUUUCCGACACUAUCGCCGGCUUCACCAUCGUCAUCUUCCUCCUCCCCUCCUGAACAAGAUGGGGAGCACGGUGGUCUUAAGUUCAGACGAGGAAGAUUCAGACAUUAGUGAUUCCGAAAUGGAAGAGUAUGGAGACAAGAUCUACCUAUCUCUCAAAAGCGGAAAGCUCAAGGUCAAACUCUCUCCUCAUUCUUUCACGUGUCCUUGCUGUCCGAACAAGAAGAAACCGAGUUUCCAGUACAAAGAUCUGCUCCAACAUGCUUCUGGAGUUGGUAAAAGCAAUUCCGACAAAAGAACCGCAAAGGAGAAAGCAAGCCACCGUGCUCUUGCCAAAUACCUCCAACAAGAUCUUGCUGAUGAUUCACAAGCUGAGCCUUCUUCCAAGCGAAGGAAAACUGGUGAUCCUAUUCAAGAUUGUGACCAGGAUGAGAAGCUCGUAUGUCCUUGGAAAGGUGUUGUGGUUAACAUUCCAACUACAAAGACAGAAAAUGGUCGAACCGCGGGUGAGAGUGGGUCUAAGCUAAGAGAUGAGUACAUUCAAAGAGGGUUUAAUCCCACUAGGGUUCGUACUUUAUGGAACCACUGGGGGUUUUCAGGGACAGCGAUUGUGGAGUUCAACAGAGACUGGAAUGGACUUCACAAUGCUCUUCUCUUCGACAAGGCUUAUCUUGUAGAUGGUCAUGGGAAGAAAGACUGGUUGAGAAAAGAUGGUCCUCCCAAGUCUGGUCUUUACGCGUGGAUCGCACGUGCUGAUGAUUACAACGGGAAUAACAUCAUCGGAGAAGACUUGAGGAAGAAAGGUGAUCUCAAAACUAUAGCUGAGGUUACGGAAGAAGAGGCGAGGAAGCAGCAGAAGCUCGUGCAGAAUCUGACGCAGCUUGUGGAGGAGAAGAAGAAAGGAGUCAAGGAAAUUGAGGAGCUUCAUUCAGCGAAGUCAAAGGAGCUUAAGGAGAAGUUGGAAGAGAAGGAGAAGAGUCUUCAGAAGCACAACAGCGAGCUGAAUGCUAUACAGGAGAGGACAAUGGGUCAUGUUAACAAGAUCUUUGCUGAUCACGAGAGGUUAAAGAUGCAGUUGGAGUUGGAGAAGAAGAAACUCGAGAUCAAAGGUGUUGAGCUGGCGAAGAGGGAAGCUCACAAUGAAACCGAGAGGAAGAACUUGGCUGAAGAUCUGCAAGAGAAUGCUUCCAAGAAUAGUUCUCUUGAGCUAGCCUCCAUGGAACAACAAAAGGCGGACGAAGAAGUUAAAAAACUGGCUGAGAAUCAGAGGAGGCAAAAGGAGGAGCUUCAUGAGAAGAUCAUAAGACUAGAAAGACAAAGAGAUCAGAAACAAAUGAUAGAGCUAGAGAUUGAGCGGUUGAAAGGGGAGUUGAACGUGAAGAAGCACAUGGGAUCAGACGGAGACGCUGAGAUUGUGAAAGAAGUGGAGAAUAUCUAUAAAGGUUUAACUGAGAAGGAAGAAGAACUCGCUGACCUCGACAAGUUUAACCAAACUCUUAUACUCAGAGAGCGCAGAACCAACGAUGAGCUUCAAGAAGCACGUAAAGAAUUGGUAAACAUUAUGAAAGAGUGGAAACAAAAUAUCGGUGUAAAGAGAAUGGGAGAGCUGGUGACGAAACCAUUCAUGGAUGCACUGCAGCAAAAGUAUUGUCAGCAAGAUGUGGAGGACAGAGCAAUAGACGUUCUCCAGCUCUGGGAAGACUAUCUCAAAGAUCCAGAUUGGCAUCCAUUCAAGCGGAUCAAGCUUGAAAAUCAAGAAAGAGAAAUGGAAGUGAUAGAUGAUAGAGACGAGAAGCUGAGGGAGCUUAAGGAUGAUCUAGGAGAUGGUCCUUAUAAUGCUGUAACGAGAGCUUUGUUGGAGAUAAAUGAGUAUAACCCAAGUGGAAGGUACAUUACAACAGAGCUAUGGAACUUAAAAGAAGACAGGAAGGCUACACUUGAAGAAGGUGUCACUUGUUUACUUGAUGAAUGGGAAAAGGCUAAACGCAAGCGUGGAAUGGCUUAAAGGUGAAAGGAGUAGCGGAAACUAGCCUGAAUAAUAUUGUGCCACUGAUGCGGUAUGUAGUUGCAGAGGAAUUGAUGAACCUUUGGUGUCUGCUUUUUUUUUCUCUCUUUAUCAGAACUCAUUAGUGGAUUAAUAAGGGGCACAAACAUCUUUGAUGUCUUGCAUUGUAUCUUUUAACAUAUUUGGACGACGAGCAAUAAUUAUAUUGUCUCAUAUUGAUAUCAUUGAAUAUACUACUAUGUUUCCGUUU